GCUGUGAGUGGAGAAGAUGGCGGGCGGUGCGGGCUCUCUAGCGGCGCUGUGGACCGAAGUGAACCGCUGCGGACAGAAUGGCGACUUCGCCAGAGCUCUCAAGGCUGUCAACAAAAUUCUUCAUGAAAACAAGGAUGAUGUGACCGCACUGCACUGUAAAAUCGUAUGCCUUAUUCAGAAUGGGGGUUUCAAGGAGGCACUGAAUGUCAUAAACACGCACACCAAGUCACUCACAAGUGAUAUGGUUGGGUUUGAGAAGGCCUACUGUGAGUACCGGUUGAAUAGAGUGGAGAGCGCGUUGAAGACCAUUGAAGGAAUCUCUGAACAGACAGACAAACUUAAAGAACUCUAUGGCCAAGUGUUGUACAGGUUGGAGCGGUACGAUGAGUGUGAAGCUGUUUACAAAGACCUGAUCAGAAACUCCCAGGAUGAGUAUGAGGAGGAGAGGAAGACAAACCUGGCUGCAGUGCUGGCUGCAAGGAGUACCUGGGAGAACGCUACAACUGAGGACAUGGGAUUGCCUGAGAGCACAUAUGAGCUCUGCUACAACGCUGCCUGCAGUCUGAUUGGUCGUGGCCAGCUUAGCCAGGCCUUGAAGAAGCUCCAAGAAGCUGAAGAGCUCUGUAGGAUGUCUCUGGCAGAGGACUCUGAUAUGACGGAGGAGGAUAUAGACGCUGAACUGGCAGUGAUUCAUUCUCAGAUGGCUUAUAUCAUGCAGCUCCAAGGCAGAACAGAGGAUGCACUGCAACUUUAUAACCAAGUCAUCAAACUGAAGCCAUCUGAUGUGGGCCUUCUGGCUGUAACUGCCAAUAAUAUCAUCACCAUCAACAAGGACCAAAAUGUGUUUGACUCCAAGAAGAAGGUGAAGUUGAUGAACGCAGAAGGUGUGGAAUACAAACUGGCCAAGAAGCAGCUGCAAGCCAUCGAGUUUAACAAAGCACUGCUGGCAAUGUAUACCAAUCAGGCUGACCAGUGCAGGAAGUUGUCAUCGACCCUGCAGUCUCAGAACCCCGGUCACCCUCGACCCGUCCUGAUCCAAGUCGCCCAACUCUGCCGAGAGAAACAGCACAGCAAGGCUAUAGAGCUACUGCAGCGUUUUUCAGAAGAGCAUCCAGAGAGCGCAUCUGGAAUCAAAUUGACAAUGGCACAACUUUACCUGACUCAAGGUCAUGUGACUAAAGCCUGUGAUAUUCUGAGGUCGAUAGAGGACUUUAAGCACAAACAAGGAAUGGUUUCUGCCUUGGUGACCAUGUACACACACGAGGAGGACCUUGAUAGUGCCAUUGACGUCUUCAGCCAAGCCAUCCAGUAUUAUCAGUCAGAACAGCCUGGCUCUCUGACUCACCUCUCUCUGGUGCGGGAGGCAGCAGACUUCAAGCUUCGGUACGGCAGGAAGAAGGAGGCCAUCAGUGACUUGGAGCAACUGUGGAAACAGAACACUAAAGACGUGCACACACUCGCGCAGCUCAUCUCGGCUUACUCACUCGUGGACCAGGACAAGGCCAAAGCGCUGAGUAAGCACCUCCCCUCCCCUGACACCAUGUCCUUCAAUAUAGACGUAGACGAACUGGAGAACUCUCAUGGAGCCACUUACGUCAGGAAGAAAGCUGCCAAAGUCACUGGGGAAAAUGCACCCAAGGAACAGGGCCAAGGGGAAAUUAAGAAGAAGAAGAAAAAGAAGAAAGGUAAACUGCCCAAGAACUGUGACCCUAAGUCAACCCCUGAUCCUGAGCGCUGGCUGCCAAUGAGGGAGCGAUCAUACUAUCGUGGCAGAAAGAAGGGCAAAAAGAAGGAGCAGGUGGGCCGAGGAACUCAGGGAGCAACGUCAGGAGCUACAGCAGAAUUAGAUGCCAGCAAGACGGCCAGCAGUCCCCCCACCUCCCCACGGCCGGGCUCUGGCACAGGCUCUGCCUCCAACGUGAUUCCACCAAGGCAACAGAAACCUGCGGCUUCCGGAGCAACACGCAAAAAAGCCCCACAGAAAAAGAAAAAGGGCGGAAAAGGAGGAUGGUAGAGUGGUUGACGGGAGAGUCCCAGUCAUUCCCAGCCCCUUCCUUAUGUGGCCCUCCAUGGAGAUUUUUAAAGCACUGGAUAAACGGAGUUAUGAUGACAGUGAUCCUUCGUCACUCCCUCAUGGGCUGGAUGAAGAGCCUCCUAUAAAACAACACAUCCAGUCAUUCAAAAUAUGCAAGGAGAGAUCAGGGGAAGGGAAAAGGGAAUGAUUGUGGAAUGGACACACAAGAAGAGACAGAUGUAGAAUAAACAGAAACUGACCCAGGGAGAGUUUUUGUUUAGUUUUUUUUUUUGUUUGUUUGUUUUAUUUU